AUGUUUUAAAAUUUUUAAAAAUAAAAACAAUUAAAACCAUGAUUUCUUACAAUUCAAGUAUUAAGUGGUUGUUAACCACUUUAAUGGUUUUUACCAUAAGCGGUAAAGCACUUGCCAGUGAUAUUACUAAUGAAGUGUUUGGUGUGGUCAAAGAAGGUAUUGUAGCUGCUUUUGGAGACUUCAAUUCGGAUGAACUAACAGAUGUAUUUCUAAUAAGGGAUAAUAUGAAAGUAUUGCAAAUAUUAUAUGGUGCCGAAACGGAGCCCUUUUUAAGAAAUGGUCCUUAUUGCAGUUAUGAAAAUUUUCAAAUUACUAGCGUGGUUCCCGGCGAUUUUGAUGGUGAUGCCUUAAUGGAUGUGUUGGUAACUGUGAAACCUAAAGAUACCAAUGACAAUAUAUACGGUGUGUUUGUACAUUGGGGUGGUCCCGAGGGUCUAAACUGUACUAAGGAAACCGAAACUCCCUUGUUGAAAACCACAGGGGAACCAUUGGCUUUAGAUUUCAAUUGUGACAUGAUUAUCGAUUUAUAUGGCCUGAAUGAGUUGAGGGAGCGUAUGUUUUGGAUUUUCCAAAAAUCACGUGAACCUCCACAGCCACGAGCCCAAGCGGCACCCACAGGUGGCACAACAUUUGGCGCCAGCAUUAAAACACCCAAUGCAAAUGCUUAUUUGGAUUUGAAUGGUGACUUUAUGGCCGAUUUAUUUAUACAAACUGAUAAAAAUUAUGAAGUGUGGUAUGGACGUCAUGGCGAGCAAAAGGAAGAUUUUACCUUUAAUCACACCAUAGAUAUAUCUAUAGUGGGCGCUGAUUAUAAUCUGGGUCAAGCUGUGUUUGCUGAUUUUGAAUUGGAAGGAGUGGAAAAUAUUAUUUUGCCUGUGUGUUUCCAUAAAGAUUGUACAAACUCUACUAUUUUAGUACAUGAUGGCAAUAAUUUCCGUGAUGUGCAUGUCAAUUUCAAAGAUCCUCAAGCGGUUUCUUGGGGCUUUGUACCGCCCGUUAAAGAUGAUGUAUAUUUAAAGACCAUCACAGCACGUAGCGGUGACUUCAAUAUGGAUGGUUAUCCGGAUCUUAUAAUGACCCUGCAAACCUUAACGGGGCCCAAGCGUAUGCAAACUUUUCUGCUGGAAAAUGUUCCCUGUAAAAUGUGUAAUCCGCCCUUGAAAAGAACCUUCGAAGUUAAAUGGAAUGCUUUAAAUCCUUUGGGCAAUGAUACAGUGGCUGGAGCUUUCUACGAUUUCUAUCAGGAUGGUGUCCUGGAUGUCAUCUUAAUACAAAAGACCAAAACCGGCCAGUAUAAACCUUUAGCCUUCCGCAAUACCCUGGAUUAUGAUGCUAAUUUCGUUAAGGUUAUAGUGCUAACGGGUUUGGUCAACAAAAAGAAUCCCACUUUGCAUACCGCUUUAGGCCGCAAGAAACGUACCUAUGGCACCAAUUUACCGGGACCACGUAUUACCUACUUCACCACCACACAAGACGGAGAUUUACAGCGUGGCUCGUCGGUGCAAUUGCCACAAUCUUCUUAUUUCGCCUUGCAGUUGCCCUACACCAUCUUCGGCCUGGGCAGAACACCAAAUUUUGUCGAUUCCCUAACUGUGGGUUUGGCACACAUGUCGCGAAAUUUCACUCAACUUAUACCCAAUUCUCAAAUAAUAGUGGUGCCCAAACCCAUUGAAGAUCCACAACGCUGGAAAGCCCAGCUGUUUGUAACGCCCAGCAAGCUGAUUGUCAUGAGUGUGGUUGCCUUGGGCGGCACUUGUUUGGUUAUUGUUCUCAUCAUUUUGGUGCUGUACAUCAAGGAGAAACGUGAGGAUAAACAGGAGAAACUACAAGAAGCCCAUCGUUUCCAUUUCGAUGCUAUGUAAGGGUAGUUAGUUGUAAAUUGCAAAUGCGUAGAGGAGACAGUUUACAAUUUUUCUAAAUUGUCUGAAGAAGAGUGAUAUUUUUUAAGUAGUUUUUGUCUCAUUUCUUUUUAUUAUCCAUAUUAAAAUUCGCUUAUUUUUUAAGUUUAAACGAAUUGUUUAUAUAUAUUUUUUUCUUUUUAUUACAAUACUUUUUUUUAACUUUUAAGUGUUGUGUUUUAUUUUAAGCGUUUGAAUUGAUAUUAAACUCUAUAUAUUUGAAAUAACCUUUAAAUUAUAUUAAAAUACACAAUAUUUCUCUAAUAAAAAGAAAUUUAAACAAAUAAAA